AUGGCUUCGACAGGAAACCCGAAUCAAGCCAUCCCAUUCGAUGUGCAGAGUUUCUUCAAACCCACGGUUUCUAACCCGUCGAAUUCAAACCCUCGGCCGCAAAAUCCUUCGCCAUCACCGUAUCCCACGCCUUCGCCUUAUCAAUCACCCUCUCCUCCUUUCUUUCACCCGCAGUAUCACCAAUUCUACAUGCCUCCUCCUUCGUCCCCCACCCAUUCUAAUUACCAAGAUGCCAAAUCCCUUUCUUUCCCUUCCGCUCCUCUUAGUCCUUACAAUGCCGGCAACCAAAUUCUCGCCCUUAUCAACUCGUCCCCUCAAAACCCUGAUUUAUCACCUCAGAAUCAGCCCCCCAAGCUGAAGCAGCCGCCUCACGCCGAGUUUUCGGGGUCCGGGGGUCCCAAUGUGGGGCCUUCGAGGGUGUCGAGCUGUAAAUUGCCGAAAGGAAGGCGGUUAUCGGGCGCUCGGGUGGCUUACGAUAUCGAUACGAGAUUGUCCGGCGAGGUCCAGCCUCAGCUUGAGGUUACUCCCAUAACGAAGUACGGGUCUGAUCCUCAGCUGAUGCUAGGAAGGCAGAUUGCUGUUAAUAAGUCUUAUAUUUGUUAUGGUUUGAAAGGUGGCAGUAUAAGGAUUCUUAAUUUAAACACUGCUUUGAGGUCUUUGUUUCGGGGGCACACACAGAGGAUCACGGACAUGGCUUUCUUUGCUGAGGAUGUUCAUCUUUUGGCUAGUGUGAGUCUAGAGGGAAGGGUAUUUGUUUGGAAGAUAUCUGAAGGUCCGGAUGAGGAAGAUAAACCACAGAUUACUGGGAAGAUAGUUAUUGCUGUUCAGAUAUUAGGUGACGAGGAAUUCAUACAUCCGCUUGUUUGUUGGCACAGACACAAACAAGAAGUUUUGGUGGCUGCGAUUGGUAAACACAUUCUGAGAAUUGAUACUAUGAAAGUUGGGAAGAAUGAAGUCUACUCAACUGAUGCACCUUCACCUCUUCAUUGUCCUGUUGAUAAGUUGAUUGAUGGGAUUCAGUUGGUUGGUAAACAUGAUGGAGAAGUUACGGAUGUUUCAAUGUGUCAAUGGAUGAUUACCCGUUUAGUUUCUGCUUCUACAGAUGGCACAAUAAAGAUAUGGGAUGACCGCAAGGCAGUGCCACUAGCAGUGUUGAGACCACAUGAUGGCCAACCUGUUUAUUCGGCUACAUUCUUAACUGCACCUCACCGGCCGGAUCAUAUUAUACUCAUAACAGGGGGGCCCCUAAACCAAGAAAUCAAAGUUUGGACAUCAGCAAGUGAAGAAGGUUGGCUACUUCCAAGCAAUACUGAAAACUGGACUUGCACCCAGAUAUUAGACUUUAAGAGCUCUGCUGAACCUCAAAUGGAGGACGCAUUCUUCAACCAAGUUGUUGCAUUAUCUCAAGCUGGCCUUUUCUUACUUGCAAAUGCUAAAAGAAAUGCUAUAUAUGCUGUACACUUAGAAUAUGGUUCUUGUCCUGCUGCAUCACGCAUGGAUUACAUAGCUGAGUUCACCGUCGCUAUGCCUAUAUUAAGUUUUACUGGGACAAGUGAUCCUCCUGAUGAACAUAUUGCUAAAAUAUAUUGUGUUCAGACACAGGCUAUCCAGCAGUAUGCUUUGGAAUUAUGCCAGUGCAUCCCACCACCACUAGAAAAUAUCAGCUUAGAGAAAUCAGAUUCAAGUGUUUCGCAUGAUGUUACCAACACUGAUGGUUAUGAUUCUUUUGAUUCAUCUGGAAAUAAACCUUCUGAGUUACCGCUUUAUACUUCAGUCCCCAAACCAAGUAAACCAGUAAGUAGCUCUGAAAAUUUAAGUGCACCAAGGUAUCCUUCAGCCUCCUAUUCUACCACUGAGGUAAAUGCAGCACAAGAGUUGAAUACUUCGAAUAUUGAUCCUAAAUCUGCUUCUGCUUUGGCAUUAACAGCAAGUGAUGUUGAUAUCAGUUGCGUUGCAUCACCACCAGCAGUUCCUCCUAGUCCUAGGUUGUCUAGGAAGCACUCUGGCUUUCAUAACUAUGAGCCAACUUCCCAGCUUGUUGACCAUGUUGGAAACCAAAUGGUUGUGGAUUAUCCAGUUGACAGACAAAUGGACACUGUUCGAUCAAAUUUGUCUGGUAUGCAUUCAUUAGAAGAUGGUUCGAGGAAUGACGACAAGAAAAUAAUAUCAGAUGAGAAAUCUAAUGCAUAUAACCCACCUAUCAUUUUCAAGCAUCCAACUCAUCUUGUGACGCCUUCAGAGAUACUGAUGGCUGCAACAUCUUCUGAAACUACUAAUGUCAAUGAGGGAAAGAGUGAGAGCGAGGUGCACAUUCAAGAUGUGGUUGUCAAUAAUGAUGCACGCAAUGCUGAAUUGGAAGUAAAGGUGGUGGGUGAAACAAGAUCAUCUCAGAACAAUGAAUUUGGUUCUCAUGGUGACUCCCAAAAUCAGAAUUUCGAAACUAGGGAGAAAUAUUUCUGCUCUCAGGCUUCAGAUCUUGGUAUUCAGAUGUCAAGGGAUAGCUCUGCUAUGUCAAGGGAUGCUUACGUUGUUGAUGAAUCUCGGCAAGCAGAUGGUGUUGGUGCAUCAGAUUCGCAUGUGAAGCCUAAUGCGGGCGAGGAAGAACACAAUGAUUCCAGAAAAAAUCUGUUUGGAAAGAUUUUAGAAUCAGCCAUGCCUUCUACAUAUCAACAAUCUCCGGCACCAGGUGGGAAAGGGAAAAAGCAUAAAGGGAAAAAUUCACAGGCAUCUGCUCACUCUUCUCCUUCUUCAAGUGCUUUCAAUUCUGCAGAUUCUGCUGCUGAACCAGGAGCAAGUUCCAAUCCCCCCGCAACAGUUGCUGCGUUUCCUCAAGUUGCAGCUAUGCAAGAGAUGCUAAAUCAGCUAAUUACUACACAAAAGGAAAUGCACAAACAAAUGUCCAAUAUGGUCAACACCCCGGUUACAAAAGAAGGCAAAAGGCUGGAGGCUGCUCUAGGACGGAGCAUUGAGAAAGCCCUUAAGGCCAACUCUGAAGCUCUAUGGGCUCGAUUUCAGGAAGAGAAUGAAAAAAAUGAGAAGCUGCUUCGAGAACAUACACAGCAGAUAACGAGCUUGAUCACUAAUUUUAUGAACAAGGAUUUGGCAGCAAUGUUGGACAAAGUAAUCAAGAAGGAGUUAGCUGGAGUUGGACCAACUGUAGUCCGUACCAUUACUCCAGCAAUAGAGAAAACCAUAAAUUCAGCAAUCAAUGAGUCCUUCCAGAGAGGGGUUGGAGAUAAAGCAGUGAAUCAGCUAGAAAAAUCUGUUAAUUCAAAACUCGAAGCUAUAGUUGCCAGGCAAAUUCAAGCACAAUUUCAAACUUCUGGGAAGCAAGCUCUCCAGGAUUCUUUGAGGACUAGUGUGGAAGCUCUAGUGGUCCCCGCCUUUGAGAUUUCAUGCAAAGCCUUGUUUGAGCAAGUAGACGCAGCAUUUCACAAAGGGAUGGUUGAGCAUACCAACGCUGCUCAGCAGCAGUUAGAUUCUACAAAUUCUUCUUUGACAAUUACUUUAAGGGAUGCCAUAAAUUCUGCAUCAUCAAUUGCUAAAACCUUAAGCAGGGAAUACGCUGAAGGACAAAGGAAAAUUUUAGCACUUGCAGCUGCUGGAGCCAACUCCAAUGCCGCGACUUCGUUGGCUUCCCAACUCAGCAAUGGACCUUUAGUUUCACUGCAUGACAAGGUCAUUGUGCCGAUGGAUCCAACGAAAGAACUAUCGAAAUUAUUAUCUGAACACAAAUAUGAAGAAGCUUUCACAAUUGCCCUGCAAAGAAGUGACCUCUCCAUAGUUGCUUGGUUAUGUUCACAGGUCGAUCUACGUACGAUUCUGUCAACCAAUCCUUUUCCUUUGAGCCAAGGGGUGCUGCUCUCCCUCUUACAGCAAUUGGCAUGCGACAUCAACAAGGACACGCCACGAAAACUCGCAUGGAUGGUAGACGUGACCACGGCUAUCAACCCUGGAGACCAAAUGAUUGCAGUUCACGUGCGACCAAUCUUUCAGGAAGUCUACAAGAGAGUGCACGAAAUAAGUAGCUCUCCGUUGCUUACGGGUGCUGAACACGCGAGUAUCCGAGCUCUCAUUUAUGUCAUCAAUUAUGUUCUAAUGACAUGUAAAUGAUGAAAACAUGAUCAUGAUUUUGGGGAAGUCGCAAUUAAGUCUGUACAAGUUUCUAGUUGUUUUCAUGCAAGGAGUAAAGACCCUCUGAUUUGUUUGGCAUUACAGGACGGAUGGUGUCCUGAUUUUGUUAUCCAUCCAUGUUU